AUGAUGGUGGUGAAGGGUGUGUGCCGGAAGGGAUCUUUGGUGAUUUGUGUGGCGAAUUUUUUGGCGUUCUGCUGCUGCGACGUUUCGACGUCGUCGAACUUCAACAAAUUUCAGAGCGCGCUUCAGCAACAGAAUAUCCACACCAUACUGGGCUCGAUAGAAGAAAGACUACGGAACCUAGACAACAUUUAUUCCAUGCAACUAUCGCAAAGUAUAGAUGUGAAACUCGAUCAGUAUAACAGGAAAUUGGAAAAUGUCGACAGCAAGAUCAUGAGGCUGGAAGCUCUGGUCAUGCUGAAUUUGGGAAAAAUUUCCGAAAACAUCAGCACGAAAAACUUCAAAGACGACAUAGAGAAAACAAACAUUUAUAGAAAACUAGAUUCUAUAUACGAAAACGUUGUUCAUAGAUUGAACUACAUUGAGAGACAAUAUGAAGCAAACUUUGACAAAAUGCAAAAAAACUCGGAAAUCACGAUGAAACGGUUAGAAAAAAUAGAAGAAAGUAUUUCAAAAAGUAAUUCAGACUUUGAAGCGGAGCUUUCAGAUGCCAUUUUUGCAAUUGAUGACUUAAAAACAACGUACACUUCAAUGGAGAAAAAGAUACUGAACACAACAGAAGCAGCACUCAAUGUUUCGAGAGACAGCUUCAACUUAUUAUCGAAAAGUAAUAUCGAAAACAGAAAAUCCAUGAAUAAACUGCACGACAAUAUAAUUGGCAACUUGCAAUACAUUGACAACAAAACCAGCGAACACAUCAAAAUAUCUGACAAUACAAACGGUAUGUUGAAACAGAUGCAAGUUGAGCUGAAAGAGGACUUCAAUAGUUAUGCAAAUAAGGUAGCUGAUAUGAAUACUGACAUUUGGAAGACCAGUGAUACAACAGAGGAUGAUCUGAAGACUAUUGCUAAAGUUGUCAAUGCCACAAAAAUUGAAUUACAAAAUGGGGUACGAUCUCUCAUGUUGCAGCUUGGCAAAUUAUCACACAAAGAAAAUAGCAUACCUCUUGGUACAGAUCGUUACGAUGAACUAGAGACAAAAUGGAACGCAAACUUCGAGAAAAUACUUACCAACCAGGAUGUUUUUAUGGAGAGCUGCCAUAGGCUGCAGAUGGAUGAAUCUCAAAUCGAAUCGGAAAUAAGCGUCAUGCUGAAUAAGCUGAUUGAUAUGCUUGAAAAAAAAUUCGCUUCAGAAACCAAAGAUAUGAAAAAUUUCGAAAAAGCACUGAAAAAUCAUGAUGGGCGAACAAACAGGAACCUGUUCCAGGCGAAUCAAAACAUCAUAUCGCUUUUCGAAAAAUCCACAGUGAAUACUCAGAUUGUGACAAAUGAAAUCCGAAAAGUGGGCACCGAUUUGGACACUCUAUUUUCGUUUGUGCAGAGUACCCUAACUGAUUCUUCAAGUGCAGCAAAUACGAAGGAAAUGAAGAAAAUACUGGACAAGCUGAAUCAAAUCGAAUCAAAUGCAACAGGUCCAAGAACCAACAAUGGGAAUGUCACAAAUCAUGAUAUCCACAAAGAAAUACAUAGGCUAUCGAAAGAAAUUUCCUCCAUGAUUGAUGAAAUCAACAACAACACGUUGAACACAUGUGUUCACAAAAACGAAGUCCUGAAAAUAAUAGAGGUGAUCAUGAAGAAUAAUUCCAAUGAAAAUCGUUCAACGUCUCUAGGCUCAAAGCAAAAUGUCACUGAAGGAAUCACAGAUGAAAUUAAACAUGGCGUUAUGAGAGUAUUUGGUCCACCACCCCGUCUCGAGAAGAAUCAAAAUCAGACGACUGCGAAUAUCCCGAAAAAACAGAAAUGUAAGCAACUUAGAGAUAUGAUUGAUAUCAGAGCUGGAACAGUCCAAAUUUGUGAAGAAGAGAAUAAAAAGCCAAAGAGAAAGAAGAAGAAAUAUGAUAUAGACAUCAGGAGUGAGAGUGAUUCGAACGAAUAUGAUUCAGAAAUUGAUUACCUCGAAUCGACAACAGAAAACGUAGAUACUAUAAAAGACAGUACAAACGAGGAAAUAUUCACUACACAUGUAUAUACAACUACAACUACCGAUGAUCCUUUCCACGAAAAUAUAGAGAACAAAACAGAACCGAAACAAACGAAUACCAGCAGAACCUUCUGA